AUGCCGCAGGAGCAGCAGGAGGUGAAUCCGCAGGGGCAGCAGGAGGUGAAGCAGCAGGGGCAGCAGGAGGUGAAGCCGCAGGUGCAGCAGGAGGUGAAUCUGCAGGGGCAGCAGGAGGUGAAGCAGCAGGGGCAGCAGGAGGUGAAUCCGCAGGGGCAGCAGGAGGUGAAUCCGCAGGGGCUGCAGGAGGUGAAGCCACAGGGGCUGCAGGAGGUGAAUCCGCAGGGGCAGCAGGAGGUGAAGCAGCAGGAGCAGCAGGAGGUGAAGCAGCAGGAGCAGCAGGAGGUGAAUCCGCAGGGGCAGCAGGAGGUGAAUCCGCAGGGGCAGCAGGAGGUGAAUCCGCAGGGGCAGCAGGAGGUGAAUCCGCAGGGGCAGCAGGAGGUGAAUCCGCAGGGGCAGCAGGAGGUGAAUCCGCAGGGGCAGCAGGAGGUGAAUCCGCAGGGGCAGCAGGAGGUGAAUCCGCAGGGGCAGCAGGAGGUGAAGCCACAGGAGCAGCAGGAGCAGCAGGAGCAAAGAAGAAGCCACUGA